CGGCGCUUGGUUGAGAGUCCCCCCCUCCCGGCACAAGCGCACGGAGUCACAGCGCUGACAGACGCGACUGGAGUCAGGAGAAAGAUGGAACCCAGAGACAUAGACUUCAACAUAUUGCUAGCGACCGAUUCUUACAAGGUCACACAUUACAAGCAGUACCCUCCCAACACCAGUAAGGUCUACUCUUACUUCGAGUGUCGCGAGAAGAAGGUGGACCCCACCAAGAACUGGAAAGUCAAAUACGACAAAACGGUCUUCUACGGCUUGCAGUACAUUCUCCACAAAUACCUGAAAGGGAAGGUUGUGACACCAGAAAAGAUCCAGGAGGCGAAGGAAGUGUACCGGGAGCACUUUCAGGAUGACGUCUUUAACGAGAGAGGCUGGAACUACAUCCUGGAGAAGUACGACGGGCGGCUCCCCAUCGAGAUCAAGGCGGUGCCCGAAGGCAGCGUCAUCCCGCGCGGGAACGUGCUUUUCACCGUGGAGAGCACCGACCCCGAGUGCUACUGGCUCACCAACUGGGUGGAGACGAUCCUGGUCCAGAUCUGGUACCCCAUCACCGUGGCGACCAACUCCCGGGAGCAGAAGAAGAUUCUGGCCAAGUACCUGAUGGAGACGUCCGGCAGUUUGGAGGGUCUGGAGUACAAGCUGCACGACUUCGGGUACAGAGGCGUCUCUUCACAGGAGACUGCAGGCAUCGGGGCCUCUGCGCACUUGGUCAACUUCAAAGGCACUGACACGGUGGCCGGCAUCGGCGUCAUUAAGAAGUACUACGGCACCAAGGACCCUGUGCCCGGAUUCUCUGUGCCAGCUGCAGAACACAGCACAAUCACUGCCUGGGGGAAGGACCACGAGAAAGACGCCUUUGAGCACAUCGUGAAGCAGUUCCCCUCUGUCCCCGUCUCCAUCGUGAGCGACAGCUAUGACAUCUACAACGCCUGCGAGAAGAUCUGGGGCGAGGACCUGAGGAGCCUCAUCGAGUCCCGGAGCUCGCAGGCCCCUCUGGUGGUCCGGCCGGACUCAGGAAACCCACUGGACACGGUUCUGAAGGUCCUGGAGAUUUUGGGGAAGAAGUUCCCCACACAGGAGAACAGCAAAGGGUACAAGGUGCUGCCCCCCUACAUCCGGGUCAUCCAGGGGGACGGAGUGGACAUCAACACCCUGCAGGAGAUCGUGGAUGGCAUGAAGCAGCACAGGUGGAGCAUCGAGAACAUCGCGUUCGGAUCGGGCGGGGCGCUGCUGCAGAAGCUGACCCGGGACCUCCUCAACUGCUCCUUCAAGUGCAGCUACGUGGUGACCAACGGCCUGGGGGUAAAUGUGUUCAAAGACCCGGUGGCAGACCCAAACAAAAGGUCGAAGAAAGGUCGCCUGUCCCUGCACAGAACAGCGAGCGGAGAGUUCGUGACCCUGGAGGAAGGGAAGGGGGACCUGGAGGAGUACGGCGUGGACCUGCUUCACACUGUGUUCCGGAAUGGUACAAUAUUAAAGACGUACAGCUUCGACGAGGUCAGACAAAAUGCCAAGCUGAAGGAGUGUGAGCUGGAGGAGCUCCUCCACUGAAACAACACCCCCCACCCGUACCCCUUCACC